CAUUCCCAAAGUGAAAGUGUUUCCGCUCAGCCACAACUCCAUUUUGUCGAGCGGUUGGAAAAGUUCUUCUUCAAAAUCUUUAAAACCAGACAUAAACGGGAAUAAUCAUAUCACCCAACAAGGGCUGCUAACGGAAUAAAGACAUCUUGUAUGUGUGAAACAGUGAAAGGAAACAAAGAAGGUGGCGGAAUAACCCAAGCAGUCCAGGAAAGAAAAAUCCUCGGAAAUCAUUAGCGCAAACAAAAAAAAGUCAUCGUGGUGGUCAACGCAUUAUCUACUGAGAAAAUAUAUAAUACAGAAGCUGGUAGGACCAAAGAAAUUCUAACUACACACCCUAAAGAAACACACAGUGAAGGGAAAAAAAGAGAUCAGGCUCUUCAGGAUCCAGCUGUGUGUUUGUGGAAGUUAUAGUAAUAUUUAAAGAUGGACAGAGAUAAUGCAUCUCCAUCUGCAGAAAAAUGUUUUCUACAGAAGGCAGGAGAUGGAACAGAAAAGAACAUCAUCGCAAAUACAGGGCAUGACCAAGAAUCUGUUGCUGUAAAUGAAAUCCAGACAAAGUUCAAAUUAAAUCUGAAGAAGUUGUUUCAGUGGUUAAAUGGAGUGAUAAUAAACUUUGGAAACCGACUACUCUUGAAUGAUAUCUACACAGAGCUCUACAUAACAGAAGGAGACUGUGGAGACAUCAUUAAAGAACAUGAGGUGAGACAGAUUGAGGCAAUAUACAGGAGAACAGUGGAAACACCAAUCAAAUACAACGACAUCUUUAAGCCAUUAUCUGGAGAAGACAAACCCAUCAGAACUGUGCUGACAAAGGGAGUCGCUGGCAUUGGAAAAACUGUCUCUGUGCAGAAGUUCAUUCUGGACUGGGCUGAAGGGAAAGCAAAUCAGGACGUCCACUUCAUAUUCCCACUUCCUUUUAGAGAGCUGAAUUUGAUGAAGGACCAGAAACUGAGUCUGAUGGAACUCCUUCAUGUCUGUUUUAAAGAAACAGAAAUGUCCAAUUUGGAAAAGGUUCUGUUCAUUUUUGACGGAUUGGACGAGUGUCGUUUUCUUCUAAAUUUCCAGACCACAGUGAGAGUGUGUGAUGUAACUGAAUCAGCAUCAGUGCCUGUUCUGCUGAUAAACCUGAUCAAAGGGAAUCUGCUUCCCUCUGCUCUAAUCUGGAUCACCUCCCGACCAGCAGCGGCUGAUCAAAUCCCCUCUGAGUGUGUCCAUCGAGUCACAGAGGUACGAGGGUUUAAUGACCCACAGAAGGAGGAGUACUUCAGGAAGAGGAUCAGUGAUCAGAGCCUGGCCAAUAACAUCAUCACACACCUGAAGUCAUUAAGAAGCCUCUACAUCAUGUGUCGCAUCCCAGUCUUCUGCUGGAUUUCAGCCGCUGUUCUAGAGAGAAUGUUGGGUAAAGCAGAGAUUGAAGAGAUCCCCAAGACUCUGACUCAAAUGUACACAAACUUUCUCAUCAUUCAGAUAAACAUGAUAAGAGAAAAGUACUCAAAGAAGCAGGAGAGUAAUGAAAUAUUCCUUAAACUGGGACAACUGGCUUUAAGGCAGCUGGAAAAAGGGAACCUGAUCUUCUAUGAGGAAGAACUAAGAGAGUGUGACAUUGAUGUGAGAGAAGCAGCAGUGUACUCAGGUGUGUGUACGCAGAUCUUUGAAGAGGAGUUUGGGCUAAACCAGAGUAAAGUGUACUGCUUUGUUCAUCUGAGUGUUCAGGAAUACCUUGCAGCUCUGUAUGUCCAUCUGAUGUUCAUGAUGGAAAACAGAAAUGUUCUUAAAAAGAGUAAAGCUUCAAAGAAGAAAAAUGAAGGAAAUAUUAUCAAGGAAAUGAUUACAAUUUUAGAUGUACAUCACUGGGCUGUAGAUCAGGCUUUAGGAAGUGAGACUGCACAUCUGGAUCUUUUCCUUCAAUUUCUUCUUGGUCUCUCAGUGAAGUCCAAUCAGAAACUCUUAAAGGCCUUAGUAACACAGACAGAAAGUAGCUCCCAGAGCACAGAGAAAACAGUUCACUUCAUUCAUGACACGAUCAAUGGAGUUUUACUUCCUAUAGAGAAAUACAUCAAUCUGUUCCACUGUCUGAAUGAACUGGGUGAUAAUUCUCUAGUGGAGGAAAUCCAACACUACCUGAAAUCUGGAAAACAAAGUGAACUCUCUUCUACACAGUGGACUGCGCUGGUGUUUGUGUUAAUGACAUCAGCACAGGAGCUGGAAGUGUUUGACCAGCAGAAAUAUACCAGUGCAGAAACGAUAGCAGAUGUCUUUCUUCUGAAGCUGAUGCCUGUAAUUGCAGCAUCCAGAAAAGCAAUUGUCAGUUGUCAGUACAUUGGAGAGGAGAAUGGUUCAGCUCUGGUCUCAGCACUCAACUCAAAAUCCUCCAAUCUGACAGAACUGCAUCUGACUGUGGAGGAAAUGUCCUUCGAUAAUCUAAGAGACAAUGGAAUAAAGACUGUCUCUGCUAUACUGGAGAAUCCUCACAGUAAAGUGAAGAAUGUGAGAUUGUGCAGUUGUGGUGUCUCGGUUGAAGGCUGCGCUGCUCUGACUUCAGCUCUGAUAUCAAAUCCCUCACACCUGAGAGACCUGGAUCUGUCCAUGAAUAAAGUAGGAGACUCAGGAGUGAAGUGUCUCUGUGAUGUACUGGAGAAUCCUCACUGUAAACUGGAGUCACUGAGAUUAUAUGAGUGUGGUGUCUCCGAUGAAGGCUGUGCUGCUCUGACUUCAGCUCUGAGAUCAAACCCCUCACACCUGAGAGAACUGGAUCUGUCCUAUAAUAAUGUAGGAGACGCUGGAGUGAAGUAUCUCUCUGCUCUACUGGAGAAUCCUUACUGUAAAUUGGAGAAACUCAAGUUGUUUGAGUGUGAUAUCUCAGCUGAAGGCUGUGCUGCUCUGACUUCAGCUCUGAGAUCAAACCCCUCACACCUGAGAGACCUGGAUCUGUCUGACAAUAAUCUAGGAGACUCGGGAGUGAAGUGUCUCUGUGCUGUACUGGAGAAUCCUCACUAUAAACUGGAGAUACUGUGGUUAUUCAAUUGUGGUGUCUCAGAUGAAGGCUGUGCUGCUUUGACUUCAGCUCUGAGAUCAAAUCCUUCACACCUGAACGUGCUGGGUCUGUCCAAUAAUAAUAUAGGAGACUCAGGAGUAGAGUGUCUCUCUGCUUUACUAGAGAAUCCUCACUGUAAACUGGAGACACUGAGGUUGGAGGAUUGUGAUGUCUCAGAUAAAGGUUGUGCUGCUCUGGCCUCAGCACUGAGUUUAAACCUCUCAAACCUGAAAUACCUUUAUCUAUCAGGAGAAAAAAUAGGAGACUCUGGAAAGAAGCUGCUCUUUGCUGUUAAGGAUGAUGAACAUUGCAAACUACAAACACUGUGUAUGGGAAGAGAAUAUUUGUGUGAUGAAGACUCCAGUCUUCUUGGAUCUUCUUGUUGGUGCUUAUAAUACACGAGUAAUCAAAUCUGCCAGUUCUGUUCUGAAAUAUAUGAAACAUCAGCAUUCUUGGGGUCACUGCCUGUCCAAAGAAAUUCACGGAAUUGUAACUGUUGUAUGAUGCAGGUUUGAUGGAUUAUGUGAUUAUUCUGUGUUUGUGAUUGGUUUAUAUUUUUUAGUUUUUUUUUUUUUUUUUUUACAUGCAUACUAUAGUGCAGUUAUUUUGUUGGAUACACAACUAAAAUUACAUUGUAUUUAGAUAUUUACAGUGCCUUUAAUGAUUCAAUCAAAUUUAUUUGAGAAAAAUAAAUGUCAUUAUUUCUGUUUAAAAUUACUCAAAUAUUUAGCAGGAUUUUUGUAGCAAAAUGAUGCUUGUCACAGUUCAUCAAAAAUGUUUUUCAUGUCUAAAAACAUAAGAUUUGUUUGAGUUUAUUAGGUUAAAUAUAAUUAACAUAGACCACAUUUUUCCAAAGGUGCUUUCUUGCAUAAGAUCAUGGUGAGCACAACACAAGGCAAUUAGGGAGAGGUCGACCUUGGCCGAUAUAAGAGAUGAAUGAACAACAAAUAAGAGGAUUUUUCAAAAGGUGCUUCUUUUGCGAGAAAGAAGGCCAAGCUGAAACUUAGUGGUGAUCAAGUAUAGACACACAAGGUGUGGGAAAAAUAUUUUUUGUGGGAUGUGGAGUAAGCACUCAUUAUCUCUUAUUGGGAAGUAAGUUAAACCACAACAAACUCAUGGCACAUGCAAAAUGCAGUUUCAUUUGCUGUGUGAAUACAAUAAAUACAAACAGAUGCAUUGGAAAAAACAUUGGGUAAUAUCAAAAAGGAUAUAAAAAAAUAUGUAAUAAUAACAAACUAAGAUAUAUAAGAGAUGCAUCAGACUAAAUAUGAUACAGAACAUGGGUGAGCAACACAAAAUAAGGGUUCAGUGAACAAAUCAGAUGAAGAGGUCUGUCACCUUUGAGCAAAAACUGCACUAAAUGGCAAUUCAGUGUGGGGAACAUGGAGAGUAGAAAACGGAUGAGAUAAAAACAUUAAAAAUAAUUGAAAAGCACAGAAGAUAUGCUCUGCCUACUAGUACUAGAGCUUGUGAAAGGAAAGGGAAUAGAGCAGAUUACAUUGACUUAGUGCUAUCAGUGUGUAUAAUGUGUAUAAAAGAAGUGUAUAUUGAACUACUUUUCAGUCUGCUCUUUGCUUGUUCUUGAACUUGCAUUUCGUUGGCUCAUCUUGGCUUUAUUGCUGCAAUAAAAACUCCAGCUUAGUUCAUCCAGACCUGACUGCUAAAUAAUUUUGAUGAUAUUAUACUUUGUUCAUAUUGUAGAACUAGUGUAAUUGGCAUUAACAGUGGAAGACAAAAUCUUCUACAACAUUCACCUAAUGAGAUAUUUUCAGAGUAAAUUUUUAAUAAAAUGUAAUUGCUUGGAAAUAUAAGUUAUUCAUUUCAUUAACCCAGUGUAGUAAAAUUAAUAUGAUUGUUACAUCAAUGUUACAUUAUAUUUUCUCAUUAUUUCAUUACUUUUGCCCACAGUAUUGUUAUCUUAUAGUUAUUUGCAUCUCUUAAAUAUAUAUAAAUAAUUCUAGUGUUACUUAUAAUGUACAACAAAUAUAAUUUACAAUAAAAAUAAAUAUACAAAUAUUGCCAAGUGCAUUUGCAAAAUCCAUUAAGCACCAUAAUGAAACUGGCUCUCAUGAAGGCCAUCCCAGGAGGGCGAGACCAAAACCUACCUCUGUCGCAGACAAGAAGUUCAGCAUUCCUUUACAAUGUAGAAAGAAAUAAAAAUCAGGAACGAUCAUGGAGUUAGAAAGUGACUUCAAACUUUUGAACGGUAGUAUAUAUUAUAGCAGUGCUACAGACUUAUCACCUCCAUGCCAUGUCUCAUUGCCGCAGUAAUUCAUAAAGCAAAGAGAGCCCUGACCAAGUAUUCAGUGUUGUACAUGUUUAUACUUUUCUGUAGUCCACCAUUUCUGUGUAAAUUAAAUUUUAUAUAUUUUUUGGGCUUAAGUAGUAUUCUAAUUUUCUGAGAUACUGCAUUUUGGAUUUUCUUUAUCAUCAAAAUAAAUAAAUACUUGAAAAAUAUCAGUCUGUGUCUAAUAAAGCUUAACAUUUUUAGUUGAAUUACUGAAAUAAAUCAACUUUUCCAUGAUAUUCUAAUUAAUUGAGAUGCAACUGUAUAUAGAUAACAAGCUGAACCAUUGUAUCUGUGUACCUCACAUAAACAAUAAAA